AUGGGUGUAUUCGCCCACUAUCCAACUCUGCACCUCUCGUUGUGGGAGAAUCCACUGCUUGUGUGGUUUUUACAGCCCAUGGGAACUGGCCCACCCGCCACGCCUUACCCGAGCAUCGGCAACGCGGGAGACCCAUCAGCCAAACACACCCACUGUGUACCGAACCGUCUUCUUCUCCCUGGCUGUGAGAUGCUGGGACUGAGUCAGUGUUGUGGUCCGUGUUUUUUCGGUUCCCACUUCAAAUGUCGGGCUUCUGGGUCGUCCAAUCACUCACAGCUACCCCUACCGCCAACUGCAGUAUACAUUUUGCAGAACAACGAUGAAAAUGACGAGAAACAAUGA